UUUCUGGCUGUGUUGUGCGAGACGUUAAACGCGCGCGAGCGUCGCGAUGCACACUGAACUUGGAUCUGAUAGACGACGUACUACGUUCUUGGCAUCGCCGUGAUAACAUUAACCUGCGAGUGACCGCGAUUACAUUUAUAUUAUUUUUAACGUGUUUUAAAGUGACGAUGGCAAUAGUUAUCUUUUAAAUUCUGUUUAUAAUAUUUAGUUCAACAAAUAACACAAAAUUAAAGUAGAACGAUACAAGUUAAGAGUGCUGACUGUUCGCGUUCUAACACGUUUUUAGUGAUAGUGCUUAAAAAAACUUUACCGGCGAAAAUUGGUACCUAGAGACCUGACUGGUUUAUUCCACUGUCGAAUUUCUAACUACACCGCAAAGGAAAUAUACAGCAUCUCAACAGAAUCCUUCAAUUUACGGAAUUGAACCGACCGACGUUAAAGAUCAUCGAUUAUUCGUACGACUUCUUAUCCUGGAUUUUCAUGAAGUCUCUUGUGUGUAACAUCUCAAUGCCUAUGACAACAGUGCGAAGUGCUACAAUGUAACCGUGGCCAUCAGCGGGAACAAUGGACGUCCGAUGGCUUAUGUCCCUCUCCCGACUUCUCCUCAUGUUCGUUCAACUGGUGAAUUAUACUGCCACGUUCAAACAACAAGGGGGAUGCUUCUUCCCAGAGCGUUGGGAAGGAACCUGGUUUCAGUCGGGGGUGCGCCAACCCAUCGUGAUCGAAGGAUCCAGGCUGAGCAGCAAGGGUUUAUGCCUCGGUUCGGAGGGAGACAAAUUCCUCGUCGUCGACGACAAGAGAAUCUGCUACCGCUGCGUCGUCAUCCACGAGAAACACGCCAACGUCCUACAAUACAAAGAAACAUUCUGUCAAGGGAGGGAAGCUCUACCAACGCUCUGCAGUCUCAUCACUGGCGACGCCCUUCUGUACUCCAUGUUUCGGGAAAAUGCCAAUCCUGUACCGUGCCCCUUUAAGGGACCGUUCACCUUCACCUAUAACAGGGGUCACGGAGAGUGUAAAUCUCCGGUCUCUAGCAUCGACACGUGUACAGAUGAUAGCAGGCUUUUGUUAAGCUACCAGGCGUGUCCAGAUGUUCAUGGCUCUGAAAGCACAGUGGAGGAGCUUGAGUGCUUAGCUGUAUGGAAGGAAGGUAACUCAAGGUACCUGGUUGGUAAAGUGCAUCACAGCCAUGCCACCUCCAAUGAGGACCGCUUUAGAUGUUUCGUUUACGAGAAAGCUUCGUCUACCAUGGAAGCAGCUGAUGGCGUCGAUUAUAGGAUCGCACAAAGUGGAGAUGCUACUUGCAACGGUCUUGCCAGCGCCAUGGAAGGUAGCAGAACAAUGACACUUAAAAAAGCACCAUCUUUAAACAAAUGCCGAUUUCCAUCAUGGAUAGCAAAUUAUAAUCAUUGGCACACACUCGACUUCUCCUACACGUACAGUUUUCACCAUCGGAACUCAACACUCCGUAUUACCAACACGUCCAGCCUGGAGAUGAAGAUUGUAUGCGCGCAAGUAAAGCACGUGACGCGCGACGAAAGCUUCGUGCAGCUGCUCACGCACUUCACCACCGGCUGCCAAAGCGGGUACACGUGCAUGUCCUUCUAUCGGCGCGAUAGUCACGUCAUGGAGGUGCAGAUAGGGUCGCAGACGAAGCGGCAAGAGGACGCCUGCACAACCCUGCAUUUCAAUAAGACCACCCUUCCUUACGUCACAUUAGUGACUGCUAUACCCGAAGCAAGAGAAUGUCCAUAUUUUGGACGUUUCAACGUGGAUAGUAUGAUAAUGAACAAGAGAUACACCAGAUCGGCAAGGGCAAGAUCGGAAAGGCCUUUGGCAUAUUUUGACGACGAAGAGCGAUAUUUAAUGGAAAUGUUGAGGAAUGUGGCCGGUAAGACCCGAAGGAUAAAAAGGGUGGAACAGCAACGGGGUGCUGUAGGCUGUGAUAACGAUGGCUAUUCCAGUUUAAUAGUUGGCUGCAAUUCCGUGGAUACAAUGGAGUUCCGAAUUGACUGUCCACCAUCCGAUUUCAUCUCAUCAUACUCAUGUCACGGACAAUGGGAAGAUAAUGGUACCAACUACUUGAUAACGACGCCCCUUGGCAGAACAUCGCACGGGACCAAGAGACACUGCUUCAUAUAUAAGGAGCAUGGACCAAAUACGGUCCUUUUCUCGACUUCGACCGGAAACUGUGAACGAACUCUCAAUCCGGGAGUGUCCGGUGAACUUGUUUUCAAUGUCACCAAUAACG